UUCUUGUUCUUGGUUGUUUGGCUGCUCCGAAACUGCGGAAAAUGCUUUGGAACUUGUUUCUUGUUUAUUUUAAUCGGAUAUUCAAGGAGGAAUGUAGAAAUUUUUGUUACGGGAGUUGUGAGUGUGUCAUCGAGUGAGAUUCUGUGUUUGUUUCUUGAAUUCAGUGAGUUGCAGAGGAUUGUCUUUCUUUCUGGUUUCUUUUUAAUCGGAUGUUCAAGAACGAAUGUCGAAAUUUAGGUUACGGGAGUUGUGAGUGUGUCAUCGAGUGAGAUUCUAUGUUUGUUUCUUGAAUUCAGUAAGUUGCAGAGGAUUGUAGUUCUUUCUGGUUUCCUUUUGUUUUUUUUUUUUUUUUUUUUUUCUCUACAGAUUGUAACGAUUAGUUGAUUAUAAUUCCGUUUUUGUAGCAUAUUCUUUGUCUUUUACGAAUUUCUGUUCUCCAGUGAAUAAUUACGAAAUUGAGAUGCCCUGUUCAGUAAUCCGAACCAUGAGUGUUGGAAUUGGAAUUAACUACGGCCAGAUCGCUAAUAAUCUGCCGUCUCCAUCACGCGUCGCCAUUCUUCUCCAAAGUCUAAACAUCAGUAGAGUAAAAUUGUACGACGCAGACCCUAAUGUCUUGUUUGCAUUCUCCAGGAGUGAUGUGAAUUUCAUUAUAGGACUUGGUAAUGAAUAUCUUCAGAACAUGUCCGAUCCCGAGGAAGCCCUAGCUUGGGUUCAACAAAAUGUUCAAACACACAUCUCCCAGACUCAAAUCACUUGCAUCACAGUUGGCAAUGAAGUUUUCAACUCCAAUGAUUCCCAAUUAAGGUCUAAUCUUCUUCCUGCAAUGCAAUCUGUUUAUAACGCACUUGUUAAUCUUGGGCUGGAUAAGCAGGUUUCUAUUACCACAGCUCAUUCUCUUAAUAUCCUAGCCAACUCUUUCCCUCCGUCGGCUGGGACAUUCAAGCCAGAUCUUGCUGAAUUCAUACAGCCAAUUCUCCAUUUCCACUCGAUGGUUAAGUCACCUUUUCUUAUAAAUGCAUAUCCCUUUUUUGCAUACAAGGAUAGCCCUGCCCAAGUUCCCCUAGAAUAUGUGCUUUUCCAGCCUAACCAAGGGAUGACUGAUCCCAUUACAAAUUUGCACUAUGACAAUAUGCUGUAUGCUCAAAUCGAUGCGGUUUAUGCUGCCAUCAAAGCCAUGGGACAUACAGAUAUCCAAGUCCAAGUCUCUGAGACUGGUUGGCCAUCUCAGGGCGAUAUGAACGAGGUCGGUGCUACACCAGAGAACGCAGGGUUGUAUAAUGGUAAUUUGCUAAGAAGAAUUCAGAGUGGACAAGGAACCCCGGCAAAACCAUCAGUUCCAAUCGAUAUCUAUGUUUUUGCUUUGUUUAACGAGGAUUUGAAGCCCGGUCCAGCAUCGGAGAGAAACUAUGGUCUUUACUAUCCUGAUGGUACACCAGUUUAUAACAUUGGAUUGCAGGGGUAUCUCCCAGAGUUGUUGUAUUCAUCGUCCAAAAUAAAUGAACAGAAGGUGGGCAUCAGCUUCUGGCCCUUUUGGUGGAGUGAUCUCAUACGUGGCGGGGCCAAGUGAUUGAAGUAGUAAGGGAGAAAGAUGAGGUUUCUUUCUAUAUGAGGCGGUGGCUGUCCUUUUCAAAGGGAGGUAUGGGAAGAGAUUUGGUGGGUGGCUUCCAAAUAAAGGAAUUAGGUAUUUUAUUUUUGUUGGUAUUUUGGAUGAGGUGUUAAUGGAUAUCUUCAUCUCUAGAGUAUUAAUGAUUUUUGGAUGAUGUUUGGAUUGCCAUUUUCAUGUAUUUGAGAUUUCUGAUAUUUCUUAGGGAAAUUGGCCUCCUUUUUAUAUUUCUUUA